CUUUUUUUCCCCAACCAGACACCACAGUCAGCACAUAUACGCUGGGAGGAUGAACGACUCACAUCAACCUAUUUUGUUUUCGGAAGAAAUGGCCCCAGAGGAAUUCGAUGGUGGAAUAGUGGUGGCGUGUUUGAUCCUGGGUCUGUCCUUUUUGGUUGGCGCUCCGGGCAAUUUGCUUGUGAUCUGGACCAUCCUGAGGCAUGUGAAGCAGCGCUCGCACACGGUGGUUCUCAUCUUGCACCUAGCCGCUGCAGAUUUAGUGGUCCUCAUUACCCUCCCUCUCUGGAUCUACUCCCUGGCUAAGUCCUGGGUCUUUGGACUGACAUGCUGCAAAGCCAUGGUGUUUAUGAUCACUGCCUGCAUGUACAGCAGCGUUUUCCUCAUCACGCUCAUGAGUGUGGAACGUUUCGUCGCUGUGCGUUAUCCAUUUACUUCUGCAGUUUGGAAAAGGAAAAAAGCGCUGAAUAAAGUCCUGCUUGCUCUUUGGUUGGCUGCGUUCCUUUUCAGCAUACCCAUCAUUCCUACUCAGAUUCUUGAGGAGCACGAAGGUACGGCACACUGCCUGUAUCGUGAGUAUACUUCUGACACUCAGGAGCUAGUGUGUCUGCUGCUGGAGACGGUGGUGGGCUACCUGCUGCCAUUCACAAUCCUCCUGGUCUGUUAUGGGUGCUUGUGCAGCCGCAUCACUCAGAUGACCUUUAGGUCCAAACGAAAGUCCACUGUCCUGAUUGCAAGCGUGGUAGUUGGAUUUGCCAUUUGUUGGACACCACAUCAAAUAGGAAACAUCAUCUCCAUCAUCAUCCUGGCCAUUGAAGGCUCAUCCAUGAAAACAGCAGAGAACCUGGAAAGUGUUCGACAAACCAUGACUUUCAUAGCAGGAGCCAUGGUCUUCAUCAGCAGCAGCAUUAAUCCUGUCCUCUACAUGUUUGCGGCCCGCUCCUUCAGGGAGUCGCUGCGUGACACUGGCAUCCAGAAGCUCUUCCGCCACAUCUCCAGCACCUCCCCGGGUGAGGGGACCAGAGAGGUGUCCUUUGUAUCCAGGAGACAAAGCAAUCAGACCACAAGCUCUCAGUGUGAGACUAAAUCAAAAGAUCAAAUGGAUAUGUAUUGAAAUUGAGACGUCCUCUCACACUGAAAAGUGUUAUAUAUGUCUGUGUGUUGCUGUUUGUAAUGCACUAUUUUACUGAAAGAAAUCUGUUCUAAAUGAAACCUCAACUGCUUCAGAACAAAACUGAUAUAUAUGAUGUCUGCUAUCUCUUAUCAUGUGCAUUUUACAUUUUUUCUGUUAAUUUAUUUAUGAAUCUUUAUGUAUCAUAUAUUCUUUAUCCCUUGUAAAAUGCUUUUUACUAUUAUGAGCGUUACAUUUAUGUUAGUCAAAACAAUUUUUAAUAAAGCCUUGUUUUUCAAAUGAGGUGUUUGUAAUUGUUUCAUUUCAUGUUACUGGAAAAAGAAAAAAAACUGCUACUUAACUUCUGAGAAACAACAUUGACUAAAAGUGGUACUUUUGUUUGUUAAUCCUGUGGUUGCCAUUGAUACAAAAUAACUUCAUGUUUGAACUGCACUGAAAUGAGUAAGGUCGGUAACUGCGACCUAUCAGUGUAAGCAUCUUGUGUCACAAUGGGAAUUGCUCACUUUAUGCUUUAGCUUUUAUUUGUUAAAAAAAUAUAAUAAA